AUGGCACUAAGACAUGCAAAGAAGCAAAUCCCACCCGAGCCUCACUGGACCUUGCUCCAAAAGGUUUCUACUAACUUCGUGUUUGUUAUUCAGCAGCUUGGCCCCGAGCUCCGUGAUGCUAUAUGUGUAUACUAUUUGCUCCUACGAGCCAUCGACACUGUUGAGGAUGAUACAAGUUUACCUGCAGAAGUCAGAGUGCCUAUCCUGACAGAAUUUCACCAUCACAUAUGUGAUCCUGACUGGCAUAUUUCUUGUGGCACUAAGGACAGGAAAGUUCUCUUGGAAGAGUUUCACGUUGUUUCAACUGCUUUUCUGGGGCUUAGAAAAAGCUACCAGGAGAUAAUUCAGGACAUUAUCAGAAGAGUGGGUGCAGGAAUGGCUAAGUUUAUAUCCAAGGAGGUGGAAACAAUUGAUGACUAUGAUGAAUAUUCCCAUUAUGCAGCUGGACUUGUUGGAAUAGGACUCUCUAAGCUUUUCCAUGCUUCUGGAUUGGAAGAUACGGCACCUGAUAGCCUGUCCAAUUCAAUGGGUUUAUUUCUUGAGAAAACAGAUAUCAUCGGAGAUUACCUGGAGGAUAUAAAUGAGUUACCUAAGCCACGUAUGUUUUGGCCACGCCAGUUCUGGAGUAAAUAUGUUGACAAAAUUGAGGACUUGAAAUAUGAAGAAAACUCGGAAAAAGCAGUGCAAUGCUUGAAUGAUAUGAUUACCAACGCUUUGACACAUGUGGAUUCAUGCUUGAAAUAUAUGUCUGCCUUGCGGGAUCCGGUUAUAAAGGCAAUUGGAACCCUAGCAUUGUGCUACAACAAUAUCAAUGUUUUCAGAGGUGUAGUGAAGAUGAGGCGUGGUCUUUAUGCUAAAAUUUAUGAUGAAACCAAAACAAUGGCUGACGUCUAUGGUGCUUUCUUCGACUUUUGUUCUGUCCUGAAGUCCAAGAUUUUCCUACUACUCAUUGCAUUGUCCGUCAUUUUUGCUCGUCUCCCAGCUGACCAACCAAGUACCAAGGGAUGGUUGAUUUCUUCAACCUCUUCUAUUUAUGGAUAUGAUGGCUGGAAGGCAAAAAUUGAGUGCCUUGUUCCAUGGAACGUGCUAGUUGAUUAUGGGAUGGAGCAAUAG